CACGCUUCCGGGUCUUGGUGCGUGCUGGAACAGUCAGUGUUGGAACGCUCGCUCUUGGACCGUUAAACCGCCUCGUUCCAAGCAGCAACAACAACAUCGGAAGAGGAGCAGGCGAGAGGCGUCCGGCCGUGGAUUUUGGGCUGUGCAGGUGUGAAGGAGAGAGCGAUACAUCUUGCAUCCUUCGCAUCAGGAUAACUAACAAAUCUAAGGCAACUUCUGAAUGGCCUUGUAAAAGGUGGCAGGUUUUAAAAAGUAACUCAUGGUACAGGUCUGAAAUGAAGGCCAGGUUGGAGAUGUGCCACAAAAAAGAAAAAGACUUCUGCUCAACAAAGAAUGCAAGCCAUUGGGAGGGUGAAACUACACAGGAUUUUGAAGCCUGAUAAUUCCAGCCAACAAUUGAAUCUAGAUCGUUUUGCCUUAGGAGGAAAAUGAAUUUCAACAUUUGAAGAAGCAGGAGGUGGUUCACAGGUGUCCUUUCUGCUAGACUUUGUUUAUAUCUGCCUUUACUGACACUCGAGAAUUGGCUGCCCAGCUGACUAUGUAUAGCACUAUCUAGAUGGUAUGCUGCCUGUUGGUCAGUUGGAUAACAAGCCAUACCCAUGGAACCCGACAAUGAUAUUGCACUGGAUAUUUUGAUAACAAACGUAGUCUGUGUCUUUAAAACAAGAUGCCAUUUAAAUCUCCGGAAGAUUGCACUGGAAGGAACGAAUGUGAUCUACAAAAGAGAUGUUGGAAAGGUAUUAAUGAAACUGAGGAAACCUAGGAUAACAGCCACAAUCUGGUCCUCAGGGAAAAUUAUAUGCACUGGAGCUACGAGUGAAGAAGAUGCAAAAACUGGUGCUCGAAGAUUAGCCCGCCUUCUGCAGAAACUGGGUUUUCAGGUAAAAUUUGCUGGUUACAAAGUUGUCAAUGUCCUGGCUGUAUGCACGAUGCCAUUUGAAAUAAGGCUACCAGAAUUCACAAAAAGAAAUCGGCCAAUUGCAAGCUAUGAGCCAGAACUGCACCCUGCAGCAUCUUAUAGAGUUAAAGCGUUAAAAGCCACACUUCAAAUUUUUUCCACUGGCAGUAUAACAAUAACAGCACCCAGUAUACAGUGUGUUGCGACUGCAGUGGAACAAACCUAUCCUUUAAUCUUUGAAUCCCGAAAGAUGAUCAAAUAACCAUUCCUAUUCUGGGACCAUCCUUUGGUUAUUGAAUGGAUGAUUACAAGGACAGAUUUUACCAUAUAAUAAUUCCUGCAAUGGACAUAGAGUAAAUGAGAGACUUGUGAGAUGCUUAUAACAAUGUAUGAACACAAUACAAAUGUAUUCAUAUUGGGAUGUUAAUAUUGUUUUAUUGUGAACUGUUUACAUGACAUGAUGCUGCUGUUUUUCUUGAGAGAGCUCUUUUAGUCUGUGCAGUAAGGGGAACAAGAUUGUAAAAUGUGCACUACAUUUAAAGUUGAACUUUUUUUCUGGUUGAGCUUAUUGUUUUAUUGUGAGGUCUUUUUUAAAAAAAAUAAAUUUUAUGCUGUAUAUGAAAACCAAAGAUGCCACCAAUAUCAUUGUUCAUUUGGUUAAAGAGCUUAAAUAAAAUUAAUAGAUGUGUAUUUAAUUUUAGGCAAGAACCCUGCCAUCAGUCAUUUUUUUUAAAUGUAUAAAUAGAGUAACCAGUUUAGUACUCAAGAAUAAACCCAAAACAUUAUUUGGCCAUGAGUUUUGACCAACGCAUCCUUGCAAGUAAUAGCUGUGCUUGAAAUUAAAUCCCCAUUUCGUAGUGAUUAAAAUUUUAGGUAGACAUGGACUGAGCAUUCAUUUUUUUAAAAUUAAUCUUUUAUGAGAGAAUUAAAAUUUGAGGGUUCCUAAAAAUUAGAGUCAAAUCACAUUCUAUUAAUUUUUUUAAAAAUCUGGUGCAUCAAACUGAAAAAAUUAUUUAAAUAUUUGCAUGAUUGCUGGUUGGUCUUACAUUUUAGAAUUGAUCAACAAAGUUGAGAACUUCAUAUACAGCACCACCUAAUGGAUCAAAAAGGCAGUGUGAUGUUGUUUCAUUAAAAUACUUAAAUGCCAAGAUCGUACCUUUUAUCAUAACCAUUGGAAAUAUGUCAAAACAUAGUAACAAGUGUUACGUUAAUAUUCUAAGCCAGUCCCAUGGGAAACAUUUCUGUAUUUGAAAAAAUAUUUUGUGGGAUUAGAACUAAAUAGCCCAUAAUGCUGCAGAUGGUGAAUUUAAACAGGAGCCUCAACAUCCCACCCCUGCCACGGAAUAAGGAGAAUCUCACUAAUGUUGGUGUGUUCCAGUGUUUUAUUUUUCAUUUGUGUUUGCUGUCAACUUUGAUUGGUGUACCUUUUGAGUUAUGAAUAUUUCAUACUCCAGAAAGAAAGCGAGUGACUACCCACCACCAGUGAGAUUUAUUCUCUAAACCUAGAUUUAUUUUGUCUAUUGUUUUAAUAAAUACUAAUUGAAAAAAAGUGUUUAUGAUGCGCUAAUUUGAUUUGAAAUUUGUAAUGUACCUAUUAACAAGAAAUUACUUACGUAACUUAAAAAAGGUAUUGACCCUUCACCAUUUCCAAAGGGAUAAGCCUGUGGUUACGGUUUGCUUGUAUAAUAAACAUUUGAUAUUGCCAGUAUUCCAUUAGAUUUAAUGAUUUGUAAUGAAAACAAAGCUUCCUUUCUGCAGAUUACAAAGCUUGAAACUCUUGACUUUAUGCUAUAGAAUGCAUACUGCAGUAUAGCAGUGAACUUGUUCUUAAUUUGGCUCCACUUCUCCCAUCUGAAUAUUCUUUCCUCAGGUUGCAUGUCCAUCAUCACGAGCAGUGCAAAUAGCAUCUGUUUGAUAUAAGAAUACAAUUGCAUUUCAAAUAAUAAGGUAAUUCACAAACAAAAAAUUCAAUUGACUGUUACUUUGUUUAAAUUAACAUCAAAAUUCACAUAAAACAUAAUCCUUUGAGUAUUGGAUAGCACUUCUGAAUAACCCUUUUUUAUUGUUAUAUAUGUUUUCUGUAAAUUUCCAAUCCUGAACAAAAUUGUAGGUGGAUGUAUGCAACUGUAACAUAUCAAUUUCAAAUAUUCACACAAUAAAUGUAGACCUGACUAUGUAGUAGUUGCUUAUUUAAUGUAGCAAUGCUUCCUUAUUCUCAAAGGGUUAUGUUGAACGACAGAGUGCAUCUGUCAUGUAAAUAGUCUAAUUCAGUAUAUGUCAGCAUUGUUGCAUAGAUGUUAUGUCUUCAUUCCGAUUGCGAAUAGCUGGAAUAUUGUAUUGCUUUUCUACCAGACCUUUCAAAUUGCCUCUACUGUUGUAUUUGAGUUGCAAGGACAAUUAUGUAUUGUAAAGGCUAUAUGUUUGUGUUGAUAAGAUGUAGUUAAGAUGGUAUACUUUUUCAUAGAAAUAUGUAACUUUCAUAUGUAAAAUUGUAAAUUCAGGAAAAGAACUUCAAAAGCUACUAUUUGUAGAAAAAUGUGUUUUUGGUUUGCUUUUAAAAUUUUCAGUAACAAGG